AUGUUUCCAGCUGCAUCCCUAUUGACGACUCUCCUCUUGGCCUUGUCCAUCGCGGCAUCGCCUGUUGAAAUUCGCAACUCCCCCAUCACCCUCCCCAUUGCCAGGAGGCUAAACACCUCUGGUGGUACCAUCAACCUCUUGCAGCACGAUCAAUCUCGCGCAGCCGCCCUCAAAAAUGUCGGCGAAAGCACUCUCAGUCGUCGUACUGGUAGCAUUACUGUGACAAACGAUGCUGUAAGCUACAUCGCAGCAGUUGGCGUUGGCAGCCCCGCCACAACCUACUACUUGAUUGUCGACACCGGUAGCUCGAACACAUGGGUUGGUGCCGACACUGCAUACGUGAAGACCAGCACUAGCGUCGACACUGGUGAGGCUGUAGCGGUCGACUACGGUUCUGGCUCCUUCUCUGGAACUGAGUACACCGACACCGUCACUCUCGGUGAUGGGCUCACUAUCACCGCGCAGUCGAUUGGUGUUGCCGAUCGUUCGGAGGGCUUCACCGGUGUUGACGGUAUCAUUGGCAUUGGGCCCCUGGACUUGACAGAGGGGACCUUGACAAAGGAACCGGACACGACGAUCCCAACUGUCACUGACAACCUGUAUAGCCAAGGCAUCAUUUCUGAGACAGUUGUUGGUGUCUCUUUCGAGCCCACCACUUCGGAGUCAGACGCAAAUGGAGAGCUUACUUCGUACACCGGCGACAUUGCAUACACUCCUCUCACCACCACCUACCCUGCAUCCUACUACUGGGGUAUCAACGAGAGCAUCGCUUACGGCUCCACGACCAUCUUGGCUGAGACGGCUGGUAUCGUUGACACUGGCACUACCCUCAUCCUCAUUGCUAGCAUCUGCAACCGUGCUACUGAGGACGACACGACUGGUCUUCUCCGCAUUACCACCACCCAGUACGAUGACCUCGAGGACCUGAACUUCGUUGUUGGCAGCAACACCUACGCUCUCACUCCUAACGGCCAGAUCUGGCCUCGUGCCCUUAACACCUAUAUCGGUGGUAGCACCGACUACAUCUACCUCAUUGUCAGCUCCAUUGGCACUCCCAGUGGUGAAGGUCUCGACUUCAUCAACGGCUACACUUUCCUUGAGCGCUUCUACUCCGUGUUCGAUACCACCACCUCCCAAGUCGGUUUUGCCACAACCGCAUACACGGAUGCCACCACCAACUGA